AUGGGGAAGGCCGGGAAUAAGUCAUCACUCAAAGCCGCGCUCCUGUCCCACCAGGCUCGGGUGGACAAGAAAGAAAAGGCUGCCAAAGCAGCCAAGGCAGCGGACCACAAGGACAAGAACGGGCCUACCAAACCAAAAUCCAAAGGGAAGGGAAAAGCGGCGCAGGAGCGUCAGGCAACGAUACCAUUCUCUCCGUCGGACACCAUACUCCUCAUCGGAGAAGGCAACUUCUCUUUCGCCCACGCGCUGGUUGCAUCUCCCCCACCCAGCCUAGAAUUCUUGCCGCCAGGGAACGUGACCGCUACCGGAUACGACAGUGAGGAAGAUUGCUACGAGAAGUACCCCGAGUGCAGAGAGAUUGUUGCUACUCUGCGGCAGAAAGGCGUCGAGGUCCUGUUCAGCGUGGAUGCUAUGAAGCUGGAGAAGUGCGCUGCUCUGAAAGGCCGGAAGUUCGACAGGAUAGUAUGGAAUUUCCCCCAUGCAGGGAAAGGCAUCACAGACCAGGAUAGGAAUAUCCUUUCAAACCAGCUGCUAAUCCUUGGAUUUCUCCGGUCUGCGUCACAUUUCCUGAUAGAAGGCCCCAUCCCUUCCGUACAGCAAAGGCACAAGCGGAAAAGAAAGCCAGGUGAAGAUGACGACGACGACGACCCGUUGGACAACGGUGCUGCGGGCGAGAAAAAGCCAUCACUUGAUACAAGGUCCAGAGGGACUGUCCUCAUAACUCUGCGAAACGUACCGCCAUACACGCUUUGGGAUGUACCAAAGCUCGCUAAGACACCCCCACCGCCUGCAUCUCUCGGCGCUAAGCCAAAUCCCAGAUACGUACAGCUGCGUUCGUUCCAGUUCGUCCGAUCUGCUUGGAAAGGCUACGAACACCGUAUGACGAAGGGUGAGAGACUUGGCGGUCAAGGGACGACAGGCCAGGGUGGGGAAGACCGAACAUGGGAGUUUUGUCUAAAAGAUUAGUUCAGCGACCCGUGCCCCGGGGAAUAAUGGGUCCCAGUCUUGGAUUGCGGCCUUUAUGAG